CUCCUGCGUGUAAGCAAGCUUUGUAAGGCAUUUCCCCUCUAAAAACGCAACCCACAAAACUACAAAAGGGCUCUCAUCGAGCCUCAUCCAAAUAGCAUUGAGGUCACAGCAGCGUGCACCCAAACAUUAUAAUACGCAGCAAGUGACUAGGCUAGAUUUGAGCAAAAUGAGCGCGUUAGCUGGCUGUCAACGCUUGCAGAGGAGGCCAGCAUGCGGGGGGCCAAGAACAGCGAGAGCACCAGUUUGGCUAACGCCCAUGCAUCGAAUGGUGACGGCAGCAUCUCAAACCAGGUUCCAAGCCCUGGAGUACCAGACUAGCGAGCUAAAAAAGGACCUUAACAUACUCCUGGACAAGCUAGGCUUUCCACAAAGCGUGCUACCGGGAGAAGAUGAGCGCAAGGCGGCCAUCGACAAAGUGAUUCAGCGGCUGGAGGCUCUCAGCCCCGUGCCGGAGCCGCUCAUGUGGCCCAACGUGCCGGGAGAGGGCGUGCCGGGCGUGUCGCCGCUGCUGCUGGGCGAGUGGGAGCUGGUGUACGCCAGCAACGGCACCGUGGUGACGCGCUCGGCGCCGGCGCAGCUACUGCUGCAGGCCAGCCGCCUGCCGGGCGUGGGCAUCAGCGACAUUACGCAGGUGCUCAAGCUGAACGAGGCGGGGGCACUGGUCGCCAGCAACAGCGCCGUGUUCGGGUUUGGGCCAUUGGGCUCGUGGAGCGUGGGCAUCGAGGGCGUUUGGCGGGACUCUGGCGAUGGCAAGACGGCACGGGUGCUGUUCGACCAAGUCAGUGUGCGGCCAGUGACGGCGCUGGGCCUGCCCGUCCCCAACUGGGCACCACCGCUCACGCUGGCGACGGGCGGCACCACAGGGCCAGGGCAGGGACGCUCCGGGGCAGACUGGAUCACCUCGUUCGUGGACCGGGACAUGCGGGUGGGCCGCGGCCGCACCGGCAACACCUUCCUGUUCAAGCGGAAGGCCUCGCACGCGUAGGAGCUACAGGUUGGGCGGGGGCUUGCCGCAGGGGGCUGCAGUACACUGUUCCGCCAAAGGGCUCCAUGGCGCGAGCUGCGCAUAUGCGAAUGCAUGGAGACGUGUGGUGCGCGGCGCAGCGCACCGGAGGCUUGUGAGCCACAAUGUUGGAUAGGCAUCGAUUGACAGGGCUUACCGGUAGUGGCAGGCAUGGUCUUCCCGUGUGGAGCGCGACCAUCGCUUGCGUGCAGGGUCCGGGAGCCUGGGCUUUGGCAGGCGUGGAAAGGAACUGACGAACCGGUAUCAGGAAGCCGGAUGCAUGCUGGCAUAGGUUGGGAACGCACAAGGCGAAACGGCACCGUGCGUGCAGAAUGUGCAAGCCGUCUGUGCGCCAGUGCGAACGGCGUUACGGUACGUGCCGUAACUGUGUUACCGUGGGCCGAGGCUGUGUGUAUACUGCUGUCAUGCGCGAGGACCUGGUCGGCGCAGAGUGGCUGCACGGUUGCCGGCAGCGUUGUUUUAUGUGUGCUAGUGGGGAUCGGAUCGAGGAGUUUGCGCAUGUUGGCGCUUGCUCUUCCCUGGUCACCGUCGUUAGUUAUAUGAAGUAUAGAUUCAUCGCUGUGAUUUCAUCCGUUGAGUUCCGGACCUAGAAUGGUGCUUUGGAAGGGCGAAUCCUCCGUGCGGGUGAAGGAAGCCCCGGCCCCUGGGGGCAUCCCUUGAAUCACCCUCCCUGUUGGAAUAAGGCCUGUGGCUUGUUAGCGCGGGCGCAAGUGAGUUGGUGUGUGGCUGUGUGCCGUUGGUGGACUGAAUUUCUUGUCGAGACUCUCGUUAGCUCGCGUGGACUCCUGUACCAUGUAGCUGACUGUGCGGACCUGGACAGCUGGGGAGUGUGGGGACUGACUUGAGCAGACUAGUUAACAAUCUUACGACA